CCAAAACCAGACAAGAACUCAGAAGAAAAUGGAUGAGCUGCUGGAAGAGGAUCCCUCUGAAUCCUUGGGACCUGAAAACACUGCUGUAUCCCCAAAUGUUGGUCCAACUAAUAACCUUGAAGAAGACAACCAGAAGAACCAGUCAAAAGGGAAUGCAGAUGACCACACAGAAUCUGAAGAUACUGGAUAUGUAGUACAUUAUCAUUCUGACAAAAAGUCAUCUGAAUCACCUGAUGACAAGACAUCCAGCCAAGCUAAUGAUAUAACAUAUAGACAGAUUGACCUUGUGGUACCUGAUCUAACUGAUAGAACUGCUGAACAGGUGGACCACAGGUUAUCCAGUCAGGCUGACAGAAGAGCUCUUGAGCAGGUAAACCGCAGAUCCUCCAACCAGCCUGAUAGAAGAGCUUCUGAGCAGGCAGACCACAGAGGACCCAGCCAAACUGACAGAAGAACUUCUGAGCCAGUGGGGCACACAUCAUACAGCCAGGCUAAUAAAAGACCUUCUGAGCAAGCAGACUACAGCCAAUCUGACAGAAGAGUUUCUGACCAGGUAGAUCGCAAGAUGUCUAGUCAAGCUAAUAAAAGAGCCUCUGAGCAGCUGGACCACAGAUUGUCUAGCCAGGCCAAAGGAUUAGUUUCUCAGCAGAUUGAGGACACGUUAUCCAUGCUAUCCAAUGGAGGAGCAUCUGAGAAUGAUCAACACAGAACAUCUGACCAAAAAACUUCUGAACAGCUGGUCUCCAAUCUGUCCAGCCUAGCAGAGAAAACUGAGAAAGCUAGCCUGAUCUUGUCUGACCAAGAUGGACUUAAAACAGAUAAAGAGUUUCACCAAGUGUAUGAUCAUGCCACUCAACCAACUGAACAGCAAGCUGUCUACCAAGAUGACAUCAAUACUGAUGAAUUUAUGGUUGAUAAAGGUGUCUAUAGUGAAGAAUAUCAUGCUGACAAUUUCAUAAGUACACAGCCUGACCAACAAGGAAACUAUCUGUCUUUCUACAGAGCACUUGAUGAGUUUGAGUUCAGCCAACAGGAUGAACAGAAUAACUACAGAAUGCAACCCUGCAAAUUUGAGCCUAGCCAAUUCCUAAGCCUCCAACCCAAGUUUUCAAUGACAAUAGAAAGUGAAAAACCAACCACUAGCCAAGCCUUUGUCCUAGAUGAUGCCGGAUUCACCAAUUAUUUCCAAGAGUUGGACCAAGCCUUUGACUCAAAGUUUCCCUCCAUCUUGUCCAAACUGGACUCUGAUACCAGUCAAGAAGACACUCAAGCCACCAAAAUCAAAUCUGAUGAUUUUUCAGAAUUCAAGCAAGAAAAGACACAAACCCCUAAAGGGAGGUUCCAUCCUAUAGUUUAUGAAGAUCCCUACGAAGCUUCACUCCAGUACAUGGAGGAACACAACAUCCUGCAAAUAUUCCAGCAGAUCACUGAAAACUUAGUCUUUGAAAGGCCAGAGGACCCUUUGCAUUUUAUGCUGUGCCAGGUUCAGCAAAUGAUAAAAAAUAGAAGCAAAAAGUGAAGCCUACAAGGAAUGAAUCUCUCUUCCAUACUGUUUGUAAUCAUCAGCAGCAAUCCUAUGCUCUGCUUCCCACUCUGACAAUAGUUUUUGAAUAGAUA